UGCCAUCGCAAAGUAAAAACGAAAUAAAAUUGUAUUGAUAUAUUCAUAACUAGCAGUCCCAAACUUUAAGGUCGCUGCGGGAAUAUGUCUGAAAACGAGGACUUGGAGGCGGCAUCAGAGGAUUCCAAGGAAGGCAUUCAAGAGUCCGUCAAGGAUGAGCCUGAAACAAAACCACUGCAGAUGUCGUUUGCAGAUUGGAAGAAGUGCAAAGAGGCAUUGAAACCGAAUACUAGGAACGGACCACAGCGGAGCAACAAUAACAAUAGUCCCAAUAAUCACAACAACUACGGACGUAAACAAUGGUCUUCGAAUAACAGCAAUCACUUCCAAGGAGGUGGAGCGUCGCAAAGCUACCAUGACAGAAACUAUCCUCCACUGAACAGACCUCCUCCACUUCCGAUGCAGCUGAUGAACAUGGGCUUUGGGGGUAAUUUCGGGCCUGGUCCCGGUCCCUGUGGUCCACCAAUGGGACCUGGAGGACCUUGUGGUCCCAUGAGCAAUAUGGGCCCCGGUGGUCCAGGGGGCUUUGGAGGACCAGGUUGUUCUGGGCCCCGGAGGAAUCACAACCAGCGGCCGCUGCAGCCACCUCCGUUUUGGGAGGACAUGAUGUCGCCGCAACACAGACCACCACCAAUCCAACCGCCCAUGCCUAAGUGCCCCAGCUUAUGGAAUCUGGUGCCCAAGGAUCGGGGAGCACAAAAUAAUCGCAUCAAUCAAAAUCAGAAUAAUAAGAAAUUCAAGGCGAAUAACCGCGGCAACACUGACCAAGAUUCCACGCUAAUGCCUCCGCCCCCGCCACCAAGCAAUGGCACCAAUUCGCAGUCGAACGGAGAAGCGCAGCCCUCCAAGAAGCCCAAGCGCAGCGGCACAUUUGUCCAGGUUAACGGCCAAUGGAUCCAGAAGCCGGAGGCACCACUUCCGCUCGAGGAUGCGCCGCCGGGUACAAAGGAAGAGCGCCAGCGUCAGUGGAAGGAGUACCGAAUGGCCAUGAAGCCGUUCAAAAACCGCGAGUUCCACAACUGGAAGCGAACGGUGCAGCGUUUAGGGAAGCUGCCGCGCGACCAGCUGGACGAGCAGCAACUAGAACGACUACAAAAGGCCGAGGAGUACAUAGUUGCCCACAAGGCGAUGCUGACGGUCAAACAUGCAGAGCGCUGGGUGCAGCAGGACAACAAGCAUGACAAGGGUCAAGUGUUCGUGCGCAAGUCAUCCAACGUCGGCUCGUGGGACACGCCCAAGGAGCGGCCGCCGAAUGGGUUUGCGUCGAUGCAUGAUUUCAAGAAGCAGCAAAUGGAUAAGUUCUUCGGUCCCGGCCGUGCCAUCAAAGGCGGUACAGAUCUCUCCGUCAUUGGAACCUUAGCGCCGCCUCCGCCGCCACCUGACACCCCUCCACAGAUUACCAACUACUGGCCCUCUGGGAGUUCCAACAACACGGGGUCCAACUCCAAUCCCUCGUACUUCAGCCACUACAGCAACAACUUUGUCAAGGGUUCUACUCUGCUGCCGCCCUAGAAAAGCUAUCCGAAACUAACCCAGGUCGUGGGUUUUCUCAUACACUAUCCAAUUGCAUGUCACAUGCAUAAAAUUGUAAAAUUUUUUAACCAAAUUCAGCAAUUUCUUCAUCAUCCUGGAUCGACGGACAUCCGCAUUUGUAUUCAGAUAAAUGUAACAAAAUCAACUUGACAA